ACACCAUGCCCAACUUGCUUCGUCCCCCCCCUCCUCUCGUGUUGCAAGCUGCGUGCACUGGAAAAAAAAAACAUGGUCGAUACAUCCUUCAUGGCCCGGUUUCGGCUGCUGAUAACAGCGGUCUUCUUCGCUGCGUUCGCUCUGGCGAGCCUUGACGUCUCGGACUGCCAUGUCGUCAAGGGAAAACUGUCCUGCCUUGACUGCAAGCAAGACCACGACUUAUCAGGGAUCAAAGUCAUGGUGAAGUGCGAUGGAGUGAAGAAAGCAUCCGUGGCUACCACGGAGGACGACGGCUCCUUCGAGGCGGAGCUUCCCUCCACCAAGGCCGCUGCCGCCACCACCACUGAUGAGGGCAAGACCGCCGCCGCUCCAACGCUGAGCUGCCUAGCUAAGGUUCUUGGAGGGCCCGACCAGCUGUACGCCUCGAGAGAUCACGUGGUCGCCAAGGUCGUGGAGGUGGAAGGCCGCGACGGAACAGCCACCUCUUACGGCCUCGCCACUCCUCUCGCCGUGUCCACCGCAUGCCCUCCGACCAAGGAGUGUGGGGCAUACAACAUGGUCGGUUCAUCCAAGACCGUUGAUCUCCCCCUCCCUAAAGAGUGGGGCCUGGCGCCAUCCAGCUACUACGUCCCCUUCAUCCCCAUCAUUGGCAUACCUUAGUUAGGGCCAAUUAUACUAAAAUCCCCUACAUAUAAUCCUAUAGCCUAUAUAAAUAAAUAAAUAAAUAAAUAAAUAAAUAAAUAUUAUACAUAUAUAUGUAAGUGUAUGUUUAGUGCAUGUGCAAGUGUUUGUACGAAAUGAAAGCAUGUAGACCCAUAUGAUGGAUAGUAAGUGCUAAAAGCUUUUGCCCCUUAUCUUUAA